AUGUUGGUGACUCUGAGUACCUGCCGCCGAAACAGCAGCCGCAGCAGCCUCAGCAGCCUCAGCAGCCUCAGCAGCAACGCCAGCAGCAGCAGCAGCAGCAGCAGCCCCUCUAGCAGCAACAGCAGCAGCAGAAGAACUAGUAACACAGGCAGCAGCAGCAGCCAAAGCAACAGCAGCCCCAGAUCCAAUAACACAGACAACAGCAGCAGCAGCAGCACCAGAACUAGUAACACAAGCAGCAGCAGUAGCCAUGGCAACAGUGGCCCUAGACCUAGUAACACAGGCAGCAGCAGCAGCAGACCUAGUAACAGAGGUGGCGGCAGCAGCACCAGCACCAGCACCAUCAGACCUAAUAACACAGGCAGGAGCAGCAGCAGCAGCAGCCAUGGCAACAGUGGCCCCAGACCUAGCAACACAGGCUACAGCAGCAGCAGCAGACCUAGCAACACAGGCAACAGCAGCAGUCAUGGCAACAGUGGCCCCAGACCUAGUAACACAGGCAACAGUGGCCCCAGACCUAGUAACACAGGCAACAGUGGCCCCAGACCUAGUAACACGGGCAACGGCAACAGCAGUGGCAGCAACAGCAGCAGCAGUAGCAGCAACAACAGCCAUCCCAGCAGCAGCAGCAACAGUAGCAGCAACAACAGUCAUCCCAGCAGCAGCAGCAACAGCAGCAGCAGCAGUAGCAGCAACAACAGCCAUCCCAGCAGCAGCAGCAACAGUAGCAGCAACAACAGUCAUCCCAGCAGCAGCAGCCACAGCAGCAGCAGCAGCAGCAGCAGCAGCCACAGCACCAGCAGCACCAGCAGCAACAGCAGCAGCCACACCACCACCAGCAGCAGCAGCAGCAGCCACAGCAGCAGCAAUAGCAGCAGCAGCAGCAGCAGCAGCAGCAGCAGCAGCAGCUCCAGCAACAGCCAUCCUAGCAGCAGCAACAGCAGUCAUAGCAACAGCUACAGUCAUAGCCGCACAUCAUGGGAAUGA